CCCCGGGAAUAUGUGAGGGGACGGAUCAAAGUCUACAUCCCUCCCUCUCAUCACUCCUUCUGCUCUCUAUCCACAGCCAGAGGCAUCUGGAAUCUCCGGGAACCGGAUCGUUUUUCUUUUAGCUAUUAAAGCGUAAAAAAUGGAUCAGUAACGCGCUUAAUGAUGCCUCUAUUGUGAAGCUAAAAGUCACUUUUACCCCAGGAGAGAAAGACUUGGAAGAAAUUGUGGCACACUUGGAUAAUAACUGGGAGUUAUUAGGGCAAACCAAAUUUUGUGGAACCGUUUCUAGCUGCUGCUCUCCGCGGAAAACAACAGUGAUUUUUUUUUCGUUCUUUCUUUCUUUCUUUUAUUUAUUUAUUUUCUUUAGUUCAAAUCUGGAUUGACCGUAGGAAUACAAACACGGAGUGAUUUCUCCCAGAGUCACGGGAUUUUGCUACAAUUUCCCCCCCGUAAAGCUCGGAGCAGUUCUGAGGGUUCAGAGGGGAGCUAAAUGCGGCUGUCUGGCGAUUCUGCCCCGGGAAGUAUGAACAGCAGCGGGUCUGGCAACUUUCUGCUGGUCCCCAUCCCGGAGUAUCCCCUGCUGGACUGCGUCCCCAACAAGACGGUGAAGAUCGCGGUGCUGGGCGCCAGUAACGUCGGGAAAACCGCUCUGAUCGUCAGGUUUCUGACUAAGAGGUUCAUUGGAGAUUAUGAAGCAAACACAGGAGCGCUCUACUCUAGAAAGGUCACCAUGGAUGGGGAGGAAGUGUCGCUUCAGAUUCAGGACACACCCUGCGUUGCCCUCCAGGAUGACGCUGAAGGCCUGUACUGCCAGGAGCAGAUCAACAGGUCCAUCUACUGGGCAGACGGGUAUGUGUUGGUUUUCUCCAUUACAGACAACAGCAGCUACCGAACCAUUCAACCUCUGUACCAGCACAUCAGGCGCAUACACCCGUCUGGAAACAUCCCAGUUAUCCUGGUUGGCAACAAGAGCGACCUGCUCCGAGCUCGACAAGUGCCCGCAGAGGAGGGCGACACGUUAGCAACUUCACUAGGGGGCGUUUACUUCGAGGCCUCGGCCAGAGAGAACCACGAGGGAGUCCACGCCGCCUUCCUCCAUCUCUGCCAGGAGGUGAUCCGGGCGCUGGGAGGCGGGAAUGGGGAGAAGAGGAAGGGCGGCCUGCACCUGGCCAGACCCAAGUCUCCCAACAUGCAGGAGCUGAAGAGGAGGUUCAGACAGGUGCUUUCCUCCAAAGUAAAAUCAGCUACAACUAUCUGACCUGGAGUUGAAUGGGGACAAAGCGUGACAUGGUAGCAGCUUCCACGCAGGAGGCGACGUCAAAGUCUUCUGUCGAAGUUAAAAGGUUCAGCGUCUGAAGCGGGACGUGAAUAUUACCGAGGCGUUCUGAGGGGAUCAAAGCCUUUCAAAGAGCACAAGGAGUUCCUCCUUAGAUAGACUGAGUUUAGCUCUGGAAAAGACUCCUGGUCAGCAGAAUCUCCGCGCUGGGAUUAACAAAGAGCAGGAGUGAUUCAUUUCUUGUUCUCAAGAGAAUGAAAAUGGAUUUUUUUUUUUUUUUUUUUUUACCCAAAGCAAUAAAAAUCUUUCAGAAUUUCAUCCAAAGACAGAUUCUUAGAUUAUACUUACGAACUUUGUUAUUUAAUUUUCAUUUCCACUGGUGUUGUUGUUUUAAACAGCAGAUGUAAAUAUUUUUACGAAUGUCAGGAUUUUUUUAAAAAAUAAUAAAGAAAAUGCCUUCCUUGCCUCCUCGAUGAGGAUAUUUUUGAACAAAAACAGGAAAUGACCCCAAAAACGCAAGAGUUCAUGGCUAUACAAAAAGACAAAUGACAGAGGACGGAAAUCCUUUGAUUCCAAACUGAGGAGUGAGUUCCUCAUCUUUAAAGAUGCCCUGGGUUCAUAUUUACAGAAUGAAAAUAUGUAAGAUUUGUUCAAAUGAGAAGGAGGUCACUUUAUAUCGUACGCUGAGGAAAUAGACAGGUAGUAUCCAACCAUUAAAAAGAGUUUAAUAAUUUCCAUGAGUUUUAUUCUAUUGUUGUUCAGUCUUUAAAAAGUUGUUUAAAGAAAAUAAAUCCCAUCUGUUGUUCGCAAUCCCUUUGUACCAAUAAAUUGUUGGUAUCAACCCUAUAAAACAC